AAAACAUUGAAUAAUUUUUUAUAAAAAUAAAAUAUGAAGGUGCUUCUAGUUCUAAUCAUAACUAUUGCUGUAGUGACUUCACGUGUUGUCCACACUUUAGCAGCAGCUAAUAAUUAUUGGGUAUCUCUUAUUUUCUCAGAAAAUUCAUCUAAUUCAAGCAACACAGAUCUCACAGUGGCUUUGACAACCCCUUCUACAGCUAUGGACAACAGUUAUUACACCUCAGUUGCAUGAGUAGACACUUCAGACUCCGAUUACGAAAUCACUACUGACAAAACCAACCUCAAAACCCUCGCUUUCGAAUGGCAAUGUGACACGACCUGAUCCUCCAUCUCCAACAUCGUCUCCGGAGCCGCUACCUUCAAACUCGGCUACACCACCUCCUCGUCCACCAACAACGGUACCAUCUACUCCACUUCCUCUGCCGCCACCACAUCCAGCAUCACUUUCACCUCCUCUUCCAACACAACCGCCCUCCAAGCCAGGCACACUGCGACCAAUCUGACGCCUUCAACUCUGGCUGCGAACUACUUGCCGAACAAAUCAGAAACUUUCUACUAUAGGUGCUUUGCCAGGUUUAACAACGCGGCUGCUUCUACUCUGUUUUCGGGUGCGAUUGCUAAUCUGGAGACGACUUUGCCCUUUGCUCAUAAUAUUACGGUUAAGGGAGCGAGCUGGAUGAGUGGGGGAUUUGGAGUGAUUGUGGCUGUGAUGGCAUUGGGGUUGGUACAAUAAACUCAAG